AUGCUUGGAACACUCGUCGGUCUCGCCAUGCUCGUGGCUGCCUCUGUGAUCUUCACAUACUACUCCAUUUGGACCCUGCUCAUGCCCUUCGUCGAUGACGACCACCCGCUUCAGAACUUCUUCCCUCCUCGCGUCUGGGCCAUCCGCAUUCCCGUCAUCCUCAUUCUCGUCGGCUGCGCCGUUGUCGGCUCUUUCUUGGGCACCGUUAUGAUCCGAAGCAACAGAAAGAAGGCCGCCAAGGCCAAGGCUGCCGCGAAGAAGAAGGCGUAA